AUGUCCGACGACCCCACUGCCGACUUCCUUGCCCGCGAAAAGGCCAUUCUCGGCGACAACGCCGACCUCUUCGCUCCAGGCGAGAUCCCCGGCGUGAGCUCAGGUAAUGGCGGCCAGGGCAGCGGCAUGGACGCGUUCCCGGACCUCGACGAUGCUGUCCCCUUUCCCGCAAUGCACCCGUGGAACCGCUCGCCUUGGCAGGAGCGCGGUUCGUGGCCAGACUGGAGCUCACGUUCCCCAGCGCCCGCCAAGCCCGCUAGCCCUGUCAAGUCGACGUCGCCCGUGAAGUCGGCGUCUCCCAUCAAGUCGCCCAGCGGCCUUGACGCGUUUCCCGAGCUGGACGACUUCUCCGGCGUAGGCUCGUCGCAGGUCCGCGUUACCGGCAACGUCGGGCUGGGAGAGGACGAGGAUCUCGACAAGUUCGAGAGCGCCUUCCCCGAUCUGUCAUCGGAGAUGCCAUCUGCAACAUCGCCGGCCCCAAAGCCAGUGUUCAACGCGCUGUCGGCUCAGCCAUAUGGCCAGUCUCCUUAUCCUCCAACCGCUGCCCCCCAGCCUCGCUCCGCAGCAAGCAUUCUCCCCGCGCCCCAGUUCACCAACACCCUCCCCGAGACUGAGGAGGAGACCGAGCCCAUCCGCCAGUGGCGCGAGAAGCAGGCUGAGGAGAUCAAACGCCGAAAUGCUGCCGAUCAGGAGAAGCGGGACGAGAUGGCCAACAAGGCCGAGAAGGCCAUUGACCAAUUCUACGAGGACUACAACAAGCAGAAGGAGAAGAACAUUCGGGAGAACAAGGAGCACGAGGCGAAGUUCAUCGAGCAGCUCAAGGACGACAUUGCUCGUGGCACUACGUGGGAGCGCAUUACUGACCUGAUCGGUCUCGAGAACUCGCAGUCCAAGACGAUCCGGCCGAGUGUCGCUGGCGGCUCGGACCUCGCGCGCAUGAAGGAGAUUCUUCUUGCUCUCCGCCGCGAGGGCGAGAAGGCGCCCGGCGCGACGGGCUUCUAG